AUGGCAACUGAGACUGCCGCCGUGGCUGUCGCACGGACUGGAGAGACUCAGAAUACUGAGGUAGCACUGACUGCUGCUCCUGACACUGAAGCCUACAAUACUGUGAUUGAGAUGCUGAAGAGUCGGGAACUGGAACUUAGUGUUGCUCAGCUGGGACUGUUGGAAAGCGUGACUCGCCAGAUGCUGGAUCACAACUCAGCACUGGAAAAGAAGUGCGCUCGCCAAUUGCUCAACCAUACUGAGCUGUCAUGCGCUACAGUGGACCCACUGUAUUUGUGCCGUACUACUCGGCCCACUGCGACUACCAAGUGCAACUCCUUUGGACUUGGACUGUUGGUCGCACAGAAGGCUGGCUAUGAAUCCACUGAUGAUGUGUGGAUUGGCGUACUCUCACCCAACUCGCUUUUUCCGGGUCUGAGUACUGCCCUCAGAGACAGAACUGUGGACUAUGACUACCCUGUCUUCCUGUCACUUCCACUCACACUGUCAGACUUGGCACUGGCAACUGGGAAAAUCCCAACUGAGUGGUUUGAUCGUUCACUGUGCAACUUGUGGACUGAUCUUCGAAGCGCUUUGCUGUACUCAGCACUGCAGCUGUGGAAAGGUCAGGCGAACUUUCAGAAGCACUCCACUGAGCCACUGAGGGUCACUGCUGUGUGGCUCAAACGCACUAAGGUUGCGGGACUGAAGCAAUUCAACCGAGGAUACUUCAGCCACUCCUACGUGAAUGCAACUGGUGCUGUGAACUUCGAAUUGACUGACUUAGAGACUGAAUCAAGUCAGACCUUCCAGACUGCCUACACACUGGCGGACUUUGCUGACCCACUCUCCAAGGAACUGAAUGGCACUCGCUACUGCAAUGCUCAUCGUCGUUUUCUCUUUGGGCACUUGCCACUGACUCAGUUCCAUAUGGAAAAGGCUGGACUUGCCAGCACUCCAGCUGAACUGAAGAAGUUCACCUGGGACUACAGCUACGGCUCUGGGACUGCGGCCUUGCCAAACACUGAGACUGGCACUGAUCUCAAGGUUGACAUCCAGAUCAGCGGACUUGGACUGUCAUCCACUGAUACUGUGAUCACUGUGAAGAAGGCCGACUGA